UCAUCUGAUUUCUGAGGUGAAAAGAGACGUGAACAGUAGAGCUGUACGAAACGCCAUCUGAACCGGAUAGCAUUGUGUAUUAAUGGUGUUCGUGCAAUCAAAACCAAGGUAAACUCUAUUUAAUUGACAGAUUCUUCAAUGAAGCUCGACUUUACAUUCUUUCCCACGGGACAGUGAACGCUGCAUAAAUGUAUCUCGCGAGAAGAGACUUUCCUUGACAACACAGUACGUGGCUGACAGCUGUGGACUGGGAGUGUUUACUUGGAUGCACUGGUUCGCAGGUAGAGAGCUGUUGAACGUCGAGUAAACGCACGGAACCUCUAACGUCUCUGGAUUCAGUCCCUGACCGGUGACCGACCCCGAGGAGGCAUUCCACCGACGCCCCCCCACCGCCUCGCAGCAGCUACAGGGACCGCUGCUGAAGAAAGCUCUGCCUGCCGUUCGUCCAGCCUGUCGGUCUGAUAUGGCGGAGAGCGGGUCGGCGGUUGGAUUCUCCGGGUCUCUGACUGGCUCCACUCUUCCGCCGCCGCGGACACGCAUCUUUAAAAUCAUCGUGAUCGGGGAUUCGGGGGUCGGAAAGACGUGCCUCACCUACCGCUUCUGUGCUGGCAAGUUCCCCGAGAAGACCGAGGCCACGAUCGGGGUGGACUUCAGGGAGAGGCUGGUCGAGAUUGACAGCGAGAAAAUCAAGAUCCAGCUUUGGGACACUGCAGGCCAGGAACGCUUCAGGAAGUCCAUGGUGCAGCACUACUACCGCAACGUGCACGCUGUUGUCUUUGUCUAUGACGUCACCAAUGCCGCUAGCUUCCGCAGCCUCCCUGCCUGGAUUGAGGAGUGCAAGCAGCACGCUCUGGGCACAGAGGUCCCCAGGAUCCUGGUUGGAAACAAGUGUGACCUCCAAGACUCCAUACAGGUGGGCACAGACGUGGCGCAGCAGUUUGCAGACGCUCACUCCAUGCCCGUGUUCGAGACAUCUGCUAAAAACCCAAACAGCCAAGGAGAUGGAAGCCACGGCAGUGGAAACAGUGACCAUGUGGAGGCUAUCUUUAUGACGGUGGCCCACAAGCUGAAGUCUCAGAAGCCUCUGGUGUUGAGCCAGCCGCCCGGGGGAUCAGGGGGCACCAUCAACCUUAUCAGGGGGGUACAUGAUGGGGGUGAUGGGACCAGGAGCUGGGGCUGCAGCAGCUGCUGAGGGAGGAACAUAGAGGAAAAAAGGGAGACCACUUCAGCUCCAGGCUGCACAAGGCCAAUGAAAGUGAAAUUGGAUGGAGCUGAGGAAAGAAAGGAGGUCUAUAGAGAAAUAGUGGAUCGAGGAAAAAUGGCUUCACAAUCAGAACAGCACAUAGAUGAAUGUCUCCAUUUGAAAAUGAUCAAUUUUUCCAGUGCUUGGGCUUGAUUUUCAUAAAUGGCUUUCAAUGGUUUUGGGCAGUUCUUAGUGUGAUUGUUGUUUUGAUUGCCAAAAUCUACUGUUGGUUCAUGGAGAUGAUCCUGAAUAAGUAGCCAAAAUCUGAUUCGGUUCUGUCAGUCCUGAGCCUGCACCACCCCAGUUUCAGGUCAGUUAUAUUCAUGUGGUCAUGGAAACACAUUUAGACGAUAGAUUGUGUGUAAUAACACACAAUCUGCAACAUUGUUUUAGGCCAUAGUUUGUGCUAAUGUAUGACUGACUACAUCGUAUGGAAAGGUGUGCUGAGCUGAGCCCCCGUGUCAUUACUACAGAACACAAUGUGCAAUGGUUGGUUGGAGUCGAUCUGGUUUUAAUUCUAACAUUUCAUUACAGGUGCCCUGUAAACAAAGAGCCGUGUUAACAUUCAGUAACACAUUGAGUGCAGUUUCGUUUUUGAAAAUAUUAGCAUCACACAGUAUUGUAAAUAUUGUUGAAACCUGUGUUGUAACACUUUAUUUGCUAGCUAGCAGUCUUUCCUGCCUCUGCUAACACAUUGCUAAAUUUCUUAGCAUGUUGACCGAGUUGUUGACACACUAAACACAAUAUAGGUUCUUUUCAACAAUAAUGUUGAUAUCCCUGACAAGAACUUAUAUUGUGUUAUAAUGAGUGUGAGGAUGACAAUGGGACCUGUUCCACAGUGGCCACCACAGGGUGCCUUUAAGUGUGGCUGCUUUAAUACCUAACCGUGUCACUCACUUAAAGGUCCAUAUAGUAUAAAGGUAGAUGUCCAUGUGUUGUUUUAUUAUAAAGCAGAGGCCUGUAGUACAAACCACAAUUUGAGGUUAUUCGGGUAACUCUGGGUUUUCAUUUUAGCGACGAUGGUUCACUUCUUACCAGGGUAAAUCACCAUGGUAACUUAUGCUGAGCUCCUAACCUGCUCCGGUGCAGGUUAACUUCAGAGGAUCAACAGCUGAUCAACUACUGACCAAUCAGAUACCUGGAAAUCAUAAUUCUUUCAGGAAUCCUACAGGUCAAACUAAAAGUUAUCCUGGGUAUGUUGAACUUGCUUCGUAGUACAGGCCUCAGGUUUAGGUUCUAUAUUAACUCUGUGAAAGUAUCAAAGCGCUCAGUACACAGAGCAAUGCAAACAGCCUGUAUUCAGAAACUGAGCUUAAAACGAGCCGUCAGGACUUCUGGAACUUUGUAAUGUCACAACAAGAUGGUCACCGCUUUCAGCAUUACCCUUUUUGACCAAGCAGUCAUUCUGUUGCUGAGCUUUCAGCUACGAGACACUGCACCGUCAUUGGAGGUCAGGAAGCAAUUAUGUCACUGCACAGACUUCAGAAGGAUAGAAAUAUUAGAAACCAAUUUACCCCACAGCGUUUGGCUCACUCUGCCCCAUAGCCGCCAUUUUGGAAAAAAAAAAUAGCUAUCUUACCAAUUCAGGCUAAUAUUUAGCUAAAUAAUUUGCAUCGUAUUAUACAUUGGCAAAUCACCAACAUGCAUCAUAAAUAUUUUUAGACCCAGAUAAAUUGGCUUUGAUGUAGCAGCCAUUACAUCUGAUAUGCUAAAAAUUUACUUUGACAAGCCAAAAACAGAGUUUAAAGUAAAGUAGUGCUUACUACUCCUUCCAUGUGCUUCUCCUUUUCACAGUCUGGCAGAAAUUAUGCGUGGUUCUAAAAUGUAUGGUCACAUUGUUAUGUGAUAAAAGUGCAUGGUUGCCAAGAGUGAGUCAAUUUACCCGCUGGCACAUCUUACCCCACUCUCCCCUACUUUUAAUCAGAUUACCAGAAACCAGUUGCAGUGACCCAGUGAGCCUCCGGCCUUCGGGGCCCCUGCUGUAACUGCUUGUUUUGCUGUGGUUAAUAAUUCAGGGUUGAGUAAGAUUGAUUCAGCUGAAAAGAUGUUUCAUCUUAUUUGGUUUGGUCCAAUCAGGUCAAGCCGUGUCAUUAUUGUGGGCUGGCCCAGGAGAGGUCCAAAUGUGAGAAAUAAAAAAUCACUGUAACAGAUUAGUUGCUAAUGGUAGUUCCACCUCACAUCACCAAAGCUUAAGUGAUGAGUGGAAACCCCUCGUCUUUGGCCAACGCCACUGUUUCUCAAGACUAGUUUAUUUACAGUUACUGAGUCAUUCAGGAGACAAAAAGUCAAAUCAUUGCAUCAGCAGUCAGCUCUAGCCAAUCAGUAUUCAGCAUUUCAACCAAUUCACUACUUACACACUGCGCUGUUAUUGUUAAUGACUGAGGUUGGUUCCCCCCAACAGAAAGCAGCAGGAAAGCUUAAAUCAGCUAUAUGUAAGUUUUGCUAUUUUGCUACAUAGUUAACAUUAGCAUUACCAUCUGUUUACUUACCAUUCUAGAAGAAACGUUGAUAGUUCAGCAUCAAACUUCAUUCCUUUACUCACCAACAGCUGUCUCCAGAGGUGGAAACAAAGACCAAUGUUAACUAUCAUGUCUUUUCUUCUACUGAAGUUAACAUGCUAACCAGCUAGCCCUGGCCCAUCUCCUCACUAUAGCCUCCAGUCUGUCAUUAAGACGUAGCUGUUCAGAGGAUCUCUUAUAUUAUAAAGACAAUGAUGGCUGAAGUUCUUGUCAGCUUCCACCUGCUCCUGACAGGAAACCAAAAGAAACGGCCUUUUUAAUGCAGCUUUAAUCUGUAUUUUAAUGAUGAUUAUGUGAGAGGAGUUUGUGGUAGUGAUGAACCUACAGAGAAUUAUCACAGUCUGCAGCUCCUCUCAGCUUCACCAAGCAUAUGUUCAGACAUAACCAUACUGGUCUGGUUCACUCUCAUGGCCUCGUUUUCAACUGUAAACAGCCUCUGUCCUCUAACUGCUCAUCAUACAAACAGCAGACCGACUAAAGAAAGCUAAGGAGGAGCUGGUGAUCAUACAUGGAGCUAAAAGAGAGGGAAUACUGUACUGUACUGUAGAUUCAUCAGGAGAUACACAUGAAUCAUCUAUCAUCGAUAACAGCUGGAUGUGGAAAUAAACAGCUGUAUGACCACAAGUUGAACAUAAGAACUUAAAAUGUGAUGACACGUCGUGUUUUCGCUGCCUCCAAGUGAUUGCAGGUAUAAUUGAAGACACCUUGUCUUGAGUGAUAGUACCUGUUAGCAUCCAGCACCAGAGCUAACUCUGCAUACUGGCAGCAUGUGUGAACACUUCAGAAUUAAGAGUACUCCUUUAAACCACAUCAGCCAAUCAGUCCCCCUGUAAGCCUUUGUAGGCUUAUAGAACACUCAAAACGCUUUGCAGUACAAGCCACAUUCACUCACACAUUCAUACACCCAUGGAACAGCCAUCACAGGCAAUCUGGGCUUAAGUAUCUUGCCCAAGGACACUUCAACAUGCGGACUGGAGGAGCCGGGGAUCAAACCACUUACCUUCUGAUUAGUGAACAAGUUGCCCCCCACACACAAGAACAGGCUGUUGGAUAAUAUAGUUCUGUGUAGGUGAGCCAGUGACUCAGACAGUGCCCACAGUGUGAGGGUUUGUGGUAUGCACCUGUUCAUGUACAAGCCUGUACCCAACCCUCAGCCUGUGUGUAAAGUUGUAAUAAAAUGUUUGGCAUGUGUGUUGUAUGAUAAAAGCUGUUACCAUGACACCUCGGUCUGUUAGUGUGCAGCUCUGUCUCUGUGGUCAUGGAUGGUUGUCAUGGCCACAUCUGGUCUCCUGGCUCCUCUGCUGGUUACGCUCUAUCUUUACAUCUUCCUGAAGAAUGUGGACUGUUGCUCAAACCAAAUGGCCUUCUCUCAGGACUCACUAUUCAAAGGCUGUCCAUGCAGGAUGGAGGACUGUGUGUGAUGACAGAGGAUGAAGUCAUGUUUUAGAUUUUGGUUUCUGUUCUUUAAGUGUCCUUUGUUUUUGAUACCCGCACACUGGACUGGGUCAUUUCAUUUCACUACAGCCAUGAACCACAAACACUGCUACUGUACCUCUCAUUGCAAACGCUGAAAGAAAAACAUCAAUGACAGAAUAGUAUUAAUUCACAAAGUGACUAAUGAAUGAAUGAAACUACAAGUGGAAGAGGGAAACGCCUGCAAUGGUUUUGUCACGUGUAGCCUUGCAAUAAACUUCCCUCAAUAUGUCA